GGAUUGGAAAGGAAAUGGAAGACGAUGAAGAAGCUCCACCUCUCGCCAUUGAAAUCGACCAACCCCUGGGACCCUACUCUCAGCAGCAACCCAAUUCAUCUAGUCACAAAGACGACGACGUGUUGGUCUGUGUCACCGUCAUCACCGGCUACCUCGGCGCCGGAAAAUCCACCACUUGAUCGUAUGUUGCUGGAGACUACUGGUUGCGAAGACUGUGAGUUGGAUGAAAAUCUAGAAUCAUCUGUCAAGCUUGAUUCAAGUAUCACUGUCGUGGAUGCCAAGAACCUCCGUUAUCAGCUCAGUGAGCAUCGAAUCUCAUCUUCAUUUGCUGAAGCAUAUCUUCAGAUUGCAUUUGCAGUUCGUUUGUGGAUUGAGGAGAUUCUUUGGGAGAAGAAACAUGACAUGGAUGUAUACCGCUGCAAAGGGGUUCUGAGCGUUUAUAAUUCAAAUCAAUUACACACUUUGCAGGGAGUCAGCUUUUGUUCUUCUCCACAUUCUAACCGGGUGAUCCAGGAAUUUGCCUAUUUGCAUUUCAGUGGGCUUGAACGAAUCCGACGAAGAAUCCCUUGCUUGAUAGGGCUUGAGGUUAGAUAUCCAAGAUGAAAUCUCGAUGCAUCAGAUGCUGGAGCGAGAAAUGGAAGAGGGUUUAGGGUUUAGGGUUUACAGGUCAUAAUCUAAAUGAGAACGUUCUCGCCGAGUAUUUUAGAUCGUGCGUAGUUUGUUGAUUUGGUCACAAUAUUUUGUUAAUUUUGAAGACUUUCAAUUAUAUACGGAUUCAUUAUGCUA